CAAUUUUCAACUCGGCUUUCUCCGUGCACGGCUAUCGCUCCAUCAACUGCGUGCGAUUUCAUUUCUCCACGUUCUUGUGGCUUUAUUUGGUCGCACUCCUCGUUGCAUCUUUAAUUGUUAAUUGUCCUGAUGAUCGCUCACAUCCCUGAAUUGCAUGUAUUCCCCCCACUUUCGCCAGAGUCAAGCGCAUGCGACUCCCACUUGAUGUGCGCUUGAUGGCAACAAAACUCGCUUGAUGAGACAACCUCCACCGGGAUUGAUAUCAUACGGCGAUUGCCCCAAGGAAGUUCAAAGGUGUGCAUUAUCCGUGGCACAAGCACAAGUCCUGGUCAGUGGGUCUCUGUGGAGAUCACGACUAUCUGCUCCAGGAGGUCACGGGGCCCGUUCGCAUUUUUGCUCCAGCCGCUCCCAUAUUCUCGGUGCUCCUUUACGUCCGAGUAGACACAGUUCCUUUCUUAAGCAGACUUGCCAACAACCUAUGUCUCACACGCUUAAUCUCAAUUAUUGGGUACUUGGCGAUGAUGCUAACCGAGUGUUCCCGGUGGAAAUUUCGAAUACAAAGUCUGUUGGUGCCCUCAAGAAAGCCAUCAAGGAGAAGAAGCCCGUAUCGCCGCAGAUGCCCGAAGGUUGCCAUCCCUUUCGAAAUUUUCGAUGCACUUGAAGACGAACAAGUACUAUUAUUGUGUGUACCAAGUGUGUAAUGAGGGGGUUGUCAUUACAUGAAGGAGUUUCUGGUUGGUGUAGUCGGGUGUGCGAAACC